AUGGUACAUAUACACAGUGCUUCAAUCGGCUCACCUCUCCUUAAGAGCUUCGUCUCCGACAACCGUCUCUGGCGCUUUUCUCACCUCACCUAUAUUCUCAUGGCCGUGUAUAUCACCAGGCCUUUCCUCAGAGCGCCUUUCCUCAGAGCGCCUUUCCCAGAACCUCAAAUGUACCCUAACUCCAUUCCACCUCCAAACCACGGCCAAAUCCUCGAUUAUGAUCGACUAUAUAGAGAGUACAUGGAUCGGAGAUGCACAAACCCACAGUAUUACAACGUUUAUCCUGGCGAUAGGAUAUUUCGCCCUUCCAUGCUCGGUUUUGGAGACCACGCCAAAAUCUCCCCGGUAGAUAUAGUGAACUAUAAUAAUAAUUGGUUCACAUUAGCCCACCCAACCUGGAUCGAUGACCGCUGGAACAGAUUUGAGGAUCCAGCAACUGUCAUCAUUCACACGUCUGGCUCCUUCUCGGUGUCCUCGUCUUCAGCUUCCUCCGCAAUUUAUUCCUCCUCCCAAGAAACACACGCGUACGGCACCGUGCACACCCGAGCGAACUCAUCCUGGGGAAUUUACCAUGGGCCAGGCUCAACCCAUAACCGGUCUGGUACAAUCCCAACUUCCCUGCCCCAGUCAAAGCCACAUGCAGACCUCUACGCAGCUGGGAUGGCGCUGGAGCACUUUAGGAACUUUAUAUUGCCGUGUAUGCCACCACCGGAGAUGAUGUGGAGGAAUGCUAUAAUCGUUACAGACUCCGCAUAUCUUCUCAGUUGUUUGACACAGAACAUCGAAGCCUGGAGAUUGAAUGGCUACAAAAAUGCCAAGAAGAAGGUGGUUUCAAAUGCCCAAACUAUACGGUGGCUUGAGGAUUUGGUUGAGAAUUUAGAAAAGAACUGUGUUAGCGUGGUUUUUUGGAAAGUUGAGAAGAAAGAAAAUUCUGGUGCUGUAAGCAUGGGGAAAAGGGCUUUGGAAAGGCAAGAGUUCUGGAACGUCGAAAACCAGGUACCCUCUAAAUGCUCUGAUACCGGUAUGAAGCGCCCUCUAGUAACACACGUCAGCCUGUGCCAGGUCUGA